AUGGUGGACCAGCAGAGAGCCUCCGCCUUCUGCUCUCUCUGCCCCAACUUCUGCUCCUCCUGCUCCCCCUCCGGGCCUCUUUUCCUCGUGUGCAGUUAUCUUCCCGACACGGUGACAUGCCCCCAGGCAGGGGCGUGCAUGAUGGACCAGCAGAGAUCAUCCGCCUUCUGCUCUUUCUGCCCCAACUUCUGCUCCUCCUGCUCCCCCUCCGGGCCUCUUUUCCUCGUGUGCAGUUAUCUUCCCGACACGGUGACAUGCCCCCAGGCAGGGGCGUGCAUGAUGGACCAGCAGAGAUCAUCCGCCUUCUGCUCUUUCUGCCCCAACUUCUGCUCCUCCUGCUCCCCCUCCGGGCCUCUUUUCCUCGUGUGCAGUUAUCUUCCCGACACGGUGACAUGCCCCCAGGCAGGGGCGUGCAUGAUGGACCAGCAGAGAUCAUCCGCCUUCUGCUCUUUCUGCCCCAACUUCUGCUCCUCCUGCUCCCCCUCCGGGCCUCUUUUCCUCGUGUGCAGUUAUCUUCCCGACACGGUGACAUGCCCCCAGGCAGGGGCGUGCAUGAUGGACCAGCAGAGAUCAUCCGCCUUCUGCUCUUUCUGCCCCAACUUCUGCUCCUCCUGCUCCCCCUCCGGGCCUCUUUUCCUCGUGUGCAGUUAUCUUCCCGACACGGUGACAUGCCCCAAGGCAGGGGCGUGCAUGAUGGACCAGCAGAGAUCAUCCGCCUUCUGCUCUUUCUGCCCCAACUUCUGCUCCUCCUGCUCCCCCCCGGGCCUCUGCGCCUCCUGCAAACGACCAGCCAUGGUGUCUCACGUGAGUAGAGCCAUGGUGUCUCACGUGAGUAGAGCCAUGGUGUCUCACGUGAGUAGAGCCAUGGUGUCUCACGUGAGUAGAGCCAUGGUGUCUCACGUGAGUAGAGCCAUGGUGUCUCACGUGAGUAGAGCCAUGGUGUCUCACGUGAGUAGAGCCAUGGUGUCUCACGUGAGUAGAGCCAUGGUGUCUCACGUGAGUAGAGCCAUGGUGUCUCACGUGAGUAGAGCCAUGGUGUCUCACGUGAGUAGAGCCAUGGUGUCUCACGUGAGUAGAGCCAUGGUGUCUCACGUGAGUAGAGCCAUGGUGUCUCACGUGAGUAGAGCCAUGGUGUCUCACGUGAGUAGAGCCAUGGUGUCUCACGUGAGUAGAGCCAUGGUGUCUCACGUGAGUAGAGCCAUGGUGUCUCACGUGAGUAGAGCCAUGGUGUCUCACGUGAGUAGAGCCAUGGUGUCUCACGUGAGUAGAGCCAUGGUGUCUCACGUGAGUAGAGCCAUGGUGUCUCACGUGAGUAGAGCCAUGGUGUCUCACGUGAGUAGAGCCAUGGUGUCUCACGUGAGUAGAGCCAUGGUGUCUCACGUGAGUAGAGCCAUGCCCCAGAAGAAGGCAGACGUGGUUUACCAUCUCACCAGCAGCCGUUCAGCACUUCACCAUUCGCCCAAGCCAUGGGACACCUCAAUAUAG